AAAAAAGAAUAAAAGGCGACGGAAGAGUUUGACUAAUAUAACGUUUACAUCUUUCAAUGAUCGAGAGGAUUAGAUGAAACUCCGAUUUCUUAGCUCAGGCGGCCAUUUUUCCCGAUUCAAGCUUCCAUAGAUAGCCAGACUGGUAGUCUCAUCGCCAUUGAUUCGACGAUCAUUUUCUUCGACCAGGCAGCUGUGCGAAGAUUGCUACUUCGAUUUGCAGGAUCCGGUGGCUUAUGGUCAACUAGCAGUCACCGUCGGAGCAGCUCGUGCCACCGCUGGGCAGCUUGGACUGGGAGGGGGUGGACUCUGCUCAGAUCACUCAUUUGUGGUGAAUCGAGUUGGCUUUGCUAUCAGAAAAAUUUGUAGCUCUUAGAGAUGGAACGGAUUGACAUAGUCUGAAAUUGAGGGAUUUCAGUAUUAGUAUCAUCUAGCUUCGCUUCACCAUGGACGAGGAAAACGCCAUCGAGGAUUUGCAACGCUGCAGGCGGGACAGACAAAUACUUCUUGAUUUUGUACUGGCUAGUGGCUUGAUUAAGAAGGUUGUAAUGCCUCCUGGGGCAGUCACACUCGAUGACUUGGAUCUAGACCAAAUUAGUGUGGAUUAUGUUCUUAACUGUGCUAGAAAAGGUGGAAUUCUUGACCUAUCUGAAGCCAUAAGAGAUCACCAUGGCCUUACAGGGUUCCCUCAGAUGAAUAAUUCAGGUUCUGGGGAUGAAUUUUUUGUUACGGAUUUAGAUUCUUCAGGGCCACCUCCAAAAAGGGCACCACCACCUGUUUCUGCUUCCACACCUCCUCCUGUCUAUACAGCUCCCGCAGUAGUUGCACCAACACCUAUCCCCACACCGUCGCUAACCAAAACGAAUGUAUCUAGAUCAGGGUCUUUGGAGUCCUCACAAGCUCGGGGACUGACUGGGUAUGGCAUUGAGGGUGCUGGGGGACGGCCUUUUGGUCGUCAGGAAGAUUGAAAAUGUAGCUACCGGCCCCGGUAACCGACCGAAGCUGGCUCGUGUUACUGCUGAAUGUGAUGAAAUGUAAUACUCGAGUUACAAACUUCUUCUGGGAUUGGAUUUAAUAUGCAUUUGGAAGAACGGUCAGACACUUCCAUCCAUUUCGAAAGGUCGUGAGCUCUUUUUAGUUGCAAUUUGCACGAGAAUGGACCAUGAAACUUGAAGUAAACUUAUGUUUGCUUAGAUAUGUCAAUGCUCUUCUUGUUGUAUGUCAUUAGUUCAAUGACAAUGAUUCAAAUACUUUAUAUA